CUUAGCCCAGCCCCCCACACGCCUAGCCGGCCUGCUCCAGAGGGGAGGGAAGCGCUGCAGUCGCUGAAGCUCCGCUUAUAUCUUGCUCCUAUAUUUUAAUUAAGUAUUGGUCGGAGUCUCUUUCGUGACGUGCAUUCUUAUCUAGUCCCUGGCACGCUCUAUGGUGUUUUCAGCGUUUGCUGAAAACGUCCGCUGGUUACAAGGCGUAAACGAAGUGUAUUGCUAAGCUAAUGUUGCUAACGUGAACUAGCUCGCUAAUAACACAGCCGGUGAGGACGUCUUCAUCCCCAGGUCAACCCAGCCAUUUGCUCCGUGGGACAUUAUGCGGUAGUUAUUCGUUAUAAGCAUAACACCAACUUCUGUUGGUUUGUAUAUUAACUGUUUACUGUAGCAAUGCUAGAGCUUCAUAGUUAGUUGCAUGGCUGUUUGUCAGUGUUUUCAGCUAGCCACGACAGGGACGUUGGAUUGGAUGAUUAUAUGGGUAGCAACACAGGCUAGCAUCAGCCACUGGGCAGGGAGUUCAAGUGAGGGAACACUUUAGACACAGCGAGAGUUCCUGGCUUUAUGAUAGUGUAAGUUCCUCUGCGACCAACGCCCCCGUAUCUGCACGGCGGUGGACUUGAACCGAGAUUUUAAAAAGCGUUCACAGAAAGGAUUAUUUUUCUCUUCCCAAACUGGAUAUUGGCCUCCUCAUUUGGAUCGCCGUGGAAGAGGAGUGUCGCGACAUUGAAUAUUUUUUUAGGCCUGAUUCAACUGUGAUUCCUCGCCCACAGCAGUAUUUGCGUGCUGGACCCUUCGAUGUGGAGGAUUGAGUAGCACCGGCAACCAGAUCCCCCACGGCGGCCGGACAUGCUGAAGUGUAUCCCUUUGUGGCGGUGUAACCGCCACGUCGAGUCGGUGGACAAGCGGCAUUGUAGCCUGCAGACUGUCCCCGACGAGAUAUUCCGUUACAGCCGCAGCCUAGAAGAGCUUCUCCUCGAUUCAAACCAACUGAAAGAACUACCCAAGCCGUUCUUCCGGCUGCUGAACCUCCGGAAGCUUGGCCUGAGCGACAAUGCCAUCCAGAAGCUUCCUCCAGAGGUGGCCAACUUCAUGCAGCUGGUGGAGCUGGACAUCUCCAGAAACGACAUUCCUGAAAUCCCAGAGAGCAUCAAGUUCUGUAAGGCCUUGGAGAUUGCUGACUUCAGUGGGAAUCCCCUUUCCAGAUUACCAGAUGGAUUCACACAGCUGCGAGCGCUGGCUCACCUGGCACUCAACGACGUUUCGUUACAGACGCUGCCCAACGACAUCGGAAAUCUGGCCAACCUGGUGACGCUGGAGCUCAGGGAGAACCUACUGAAGUCCCUUCCCACGUCUUUGUCCUUCCUGGUGAAACUUGAGCAACUGGACCUGGGAUCUAAUAAGCUUGAAGAGCUGCCGGACACCCUGGGAGCUCUGCCAAACCUGAGGGAGCUGUGGCUGGACAGGAACCAACUGUCUUCCCUCCCCCUGGAGCUGGGUAACCUCCGGCGGCUGGUGUGUCUGGACGUGUCGGAGAACCGUCUGGAGGAGCUCCCUGCUGAGCUGAGCGGUCUGCUGGCCCUGACGGACCUGCUGCUCACACACAACCUGCUGGACGCGGUGCCCGACUCCAUCGGCUGCCUGCGGCAGCUGUCCAUCCUGAAAGUGGACCAAAACCGCCUGACGGAGCUCACUGACUCCAUCGGAGAAUGCGAGAACCUGACAGAACUGGUGCUGACGGAGAACCUCCUGCAGGCACUGCCUCGGUCGCUGGGCAAGCUGAAGAAACUGACCAACCUGAAUGUGGACCGCAACCGGCUGGGCAGCGUCCCCAGCGAGCUGGGCCUGUGCUCCAGCCUCAACGUGCUGGCCCUUAGGGACAACCGGCUCAGCCGGCUGCCCGCCGAGCUGGCCGACGCCACCGAGCUCCACGUGCUGGACGUGGCGGGCAACAGGUUACAGAACCUGCCCUUCGCGCUGACCAACCUGAACCUGAAGGCCAUGUGGCUGGCGGAGAACCAGUCCCAGCCCAUGCUCAAGUUCCAGACGGAGGACGACGAGCAGACCGGGGAGAAGGUGCUCACCUGCUACCUGCUGCCCCAGCAGCCCUCCCCCAGCCUGGAGAACCUGCUCCAGAACAGCGUGGAGGACACGUGGACGGACAGCAACCUGAACCGGGUGUCGGUCAUCCAGUUCCAGGAGGAGACCAAGGAGGAGGAGGAGGACGACGAAGCGGCCGCCGAGAGAAGGGGUCUCCAUCGCCGAGCUACGCCCACCCGCAGUGAGCUGAAAGAGAUGAAGAAGGUGAUCGAGGAGCGAAGGAACGAGGCCUACUCCUCCAGGCCUGACGGGGAGGCCAGACUCUCCUGAUCACCAGGUAGGACAGCUGACCAAUCACGGCUAAGCGACCUGUCCAAUCAGAGCCAGGAAUCCCAGGCUUCCAACAGCACAGUCUCGGCUAACUCCCAUGAGGAAAGGCGGGGGAUUAACCACCCAGGGGAGGAGCUAGCCGACGGCCACGCCUACCAGGAGGAUCUGGAUGAGAUGGAGGUGGAGUACAUCGAGCCCACCGUCCACUUCGCCGAGGAGCCAAUCACCUGCGGCGGCGAGCGCGAAGACGACGACGACGAAGAGGAGGAGGAGGGCGACCGCAGCGACGAGGAGGGCGAGCGGCGCCCCGCGGCGGCCGAGAAGCAGCGGCUGAUCCGCAAGGACACGCCGCACUACAAGAAGCACUUCAAGAUCACCAAGCUGCCCAAGCCCGAGGCGGUGGCCGCGCUGCUGCAGGGCUUCACCCCGGAGAGCCUCCUCCCGCUGCCGCCACGGCCCCACCAGGAGUCCCGCCCCCAGGAGGAGGAGGAGGAGGAGCCGGAGGAGGGGGAGGGGGAGGGGGAGGGGGAGGGGGGUCCCGUCACGCCAGAGCGAGAGAAGCACCACAGGCCACAGGAGGCUCAGCUCGAGGACAGUCGGCUCCAGGUCAACACCAGCCAAGCUAAGGGGGUGUCCUUUGAUCAAGUCAAUAAUCUGCUGAUUGAACCUGCUCGAAUUGAGGAGGAAGAGCACACUCUGACCAUCCUACGGCAGACUGGGGGUCUGGGGAUCAGCAUCGCGGGAGGGAAGGGCUCCACGCCCUACAAGGGGGAUGAUGAGGGAAUCUUCAUCUCGCGGGUGUCAGAGGAGGGCCCUGCAGCCAGAGCGGGGGUCAAAGUGGGAGACAAACUACUUGAGGUGAACGCCGUGGACCUCCAGGGCGCCGAGCACCACACGGCGGUGGAGGCGCUGCGCAGCUCGGGCGCCGCCGUCUCCAUGUCCAUCCUGCGGGAGCACAUGGUGGAGCCGGAGAACGCCAUCACCACCACGCCGCUGCGGCCCGAGGGCGACCACUUCCCCCGGGAGCGGCGGAGCAGCGGGCUGCCCUUCCUGGUGGAGCCCGUCCCCGCCCCGCCCCGGACGCGGCUCAGCGCCUGCCUCGUGCGCAACGACAAGGGCCUGGGCUUCAGCAUCGCAGGGGGCAGGGGCUCCACGCCCUACCGCACCGCCGACACGGGGAUCUAUAUCUCCCGUAUCGCAGAGGGAGGGGCCGCCAGCCGGGACAGCACGCUACGCGUCGGAGACAGAGUUUUAUCCAUCAAUGGUGUAGACAUGACAGAGGCCAGACAUGACCAGGCAGUAGCUCUUCUUACUGGCACCUCCCCCACCAUCGCCCUCGUGGUGGAGCGGGACCAGACCGCCCCUGGGGGGUCCCCGGGUCUGUCCCGGGGCCGCGCCCACUCCCCGCCUCCCCCAGAGCCCUCCGACUCCCCCGACAACGAGGACCCCACGGAGGACGGCCUGUCGCCGCAGGGCAACCACCUGACCCGCCUGGAGGAUGAGUAUCCCAUAGAGGAAGUGAUUCUGGUGAAGUCAGGCGGUCCUCUGGGACUCAGCAUCGUGGGGGGUAGCGACCAUGCCAGCCACCCCUUCGGUAUCAACGAACCCGGGGUCUUCAUCUCAAAGGUGAUCCCCGAGGGCCUGGCGUGUCAGAGCGGGCUGCGUGUGGGCGACCGCAUCCUGGAGGUGAACACCAUGGACAUGCGCCACGCCACCCACCAGGAGGCGGUCCGCGCCCUGCUGGCCAACAAGCAGGAGAUCCGCCUGCUGGUCCGCCGGGACCCCUCCCCGCCCGGAAUGGAGGAGAUAGUGAUCCAGAAGCAGCCCGGGGAGAAGCUGGGCAUCACAAUCCGGGGAGGGGCCAAGGGCCACGCGGGGAACCCCUUCGAUGCCACCGAUGAGGGCAUCUUCAUCUCCAAGGUGAACUCCAGCGGCGCGGCGGCCAGGGACGGCCGGCUGCAGGUGGGCAUGCGCAUCCUGGAGGUCAGCAACCACAGCCUGCUGGGCAUGACCCACACGGAGGCGGUGCGGGUGCUGCGGGCCGUGGGCGACACCCUGGUCAUGCUGGUGUGUGACGGCUUUGACCCGCAAACGGUGGCAGGCGUGGAGGCCUCCCCUGGAAUCAUCGCCAACCCCUUUGUGACGGGCAUCGUCCGUAAGAACAGCUUGGAGAGCAUCUCGUCCAUAGACCGGGACCUCAGCCCGGAGGAGAUAGACAUCAUGGAGAAGGAGUCAGAGAUGGUGCGAGAGACCUCCCAGUGGGAGAGAGAAGAGAUGGAGAAAGUGGAGCGCAUGCGUUUGGAGCGCGAGGAGGCAACUCGCCUGUUGGAGGAGGAGACGGAGAACGUCGGGGCGGGACCUUUGAAGCUGGACUACAAGACGCUCGCCGCUCUGCCGACAACCAGUCUCCAGAAGGUCAACAGGUUUUCCCCUCCGCUCAGUCGUUCUGAUCCCAUGGAGGCCACCGUGCAGGCCCAGUGCCUUCCCUCACUAGAGCCCCUGGGCUUUGGCCUGGGUCACCCCUCCGAAACCCUCUACCCCACGGACCCCCAAGACACCCCCCUCUACCCCAGCGACCCCCACGCCGCCUCCCUCUGCCCCACGGACCCCCAGGCCCUCCCCGGUAUGACCCAGGAGAACAGCCUGCUCCACGCCUCCCCCCCGUCCCCCGACGCCGCCUCCUUCAGCCAGAGCGACGCCACCAUCUCCCUGGCCUCCACAGGCACCUCCCUGAACGGCGAGGAGGACGAGGACGAGUGCCUGGUGGAGACGCAGUCCAUCUGCUUCAGCGAGAACCCCUUCCUGGUGGCCAAUCGCCGGGGGAAGGGCCGCCCCCCUGCCGAGCGCAUCCUAUCAGGUCCCCCCGUCGGGUACGGCAGGGGGGGCAAGCUGCAGCCCUGGAUGUACACCAAGACAUCUAGCUCCGAUCUGCCACGCACUGCCAGCCCGGUGAGGGACGGCUCCUACUCCCCCAGCAUCCAGCCGGCCAACGUUCACUACGGCUCCCCGGGCCCCACCGCCCGGGACAGCAGCCCCUCAUCUACCCGCCCGGGGGCGAUCCAGCCGGCGGGCCGGGUUUGGUCCACCCCGUCCCCGGCCACGCCCGACGCCAGCAGCCCCAACCCCUUCCAGCAUGGCCCCUCCCCCAUCAACUCUCAGACCUCUCCUCGCGGCCCCUCCCCCGUCUCCCACGGCGACUUCCCCAUGAAUAUCAAGCAGGCGUACAAGGCGUUUGCCGCCGUGCCUCACGCGCCGGCCACGCUGGAGCCACCACAGGACCUGUACGGCGGGAGGAACCACGUCCAGCAGGCGUCUUCUCCUGAGUCGGCGCGGUUCAGCGAGGUAUUUGAGGACGCCGUAGACGGGGGGGAGGGGGGCGGGGGGGCGAGGUCCCCGUGCCCCCCGGACCACCGGGACUACCAGAGCAUGGCGGCCGUGCCCCGCUUCUCCAGGCCCUCCAUGGUGCCCCAGACGCCCUCCCCGGGGGGUCCGGACACCCCGGAGCAGCGCUCCUUCCGGGACCGCCAGAAGUACUUUGAGAUCGACGUGAAGCAGACGACGCCGGACAAACCCAAGCCCCGCGUGUCGCUGGUCGGAGCCGACGACCUGAAGAAGAUGAGGGAGGAGGAAGAGCGGCGGUUUGAGCAGCGGGCGCGGGAGUACCUGAUGGACGACGAGGACGACGAUGACGACGAUGACCUGGCCCACAUGAAGGCCACGGGGAAGGUGCUCCUGGACGGGGUGGAGUACCGCGUGGAGCCCCUCGCCACCACCACCCGACUCCCCUCCACCCCGGGCUACGCCUCCACGCCCCCCGGCUACGCCUCCACGCCCCCCGGUUACGCCUCCACGCCCCCCGGCUACGCCUCGACCCCACCGGGCUACACCUCCACUUCCCCGGGCUACACCUCCACGCCCCCCGGCUACUACAGCGGCUCAGGAGCGUCCUCAGUGGACGGGAAGGGAGAAUCCCAGAGGAACUCCCUGGAAGACGGGUUCAGGUUGGACCAGCGGCCAACCUCCAUGACCGGGCUCGUCCCUGCCUACACCGCUGAGCCGGCCGUGGCGCCGGUCCGCACGGCGAAGGCCGAGCGGCGCCACCAGGAGCGUCUGAGGCUGCAGAGCCCGGAGCUGGCGGCGGCGGCCCCGGACCAGGACCUCUCCCCCGCCGAGAAACGGGCUCUGGAGGCCGAGAAGAGGGCCAUGUGGCGGGCAGCGCGGCCGUCUGGUCUGGAGGAGGAUGUUAGGCAGUAUGAGCAGGACCUGGCCAGGAGGCUGUACCAGGCCAGGGUGAGGGCGUCUCAAGCCCCUCCGCCCCCCCCCUCCUCCGCUGACACCCAGCCCAGGAUGAAGUCUCUGGAGCAGGACGCCCUGAAGGCCCAGAUGGUCAUCGCCAAGUCCAAGGAGGGCAAGAAGCGCGGCACGCUGGACCAGCUGACGGAGUCGCCGUCCCCCGCCCCCACCCCCUCCCCCACCCCCAUGGAAGAACUCAUCCCUCGAGGAGUCACCUCCCCCGGCAGACUGUCCGUGUCGUCUAAGAAGUUUGACUACCGACAGUUCGCAGCCAUUCCUUCUUCCAAACCCGUUUACGACAUCCAGUCACCUGACCUGGUGGAUGAGCCCUGCUUCAUAGACGACGGCACCAGCAGCCCGGUAGCAGCUGUGAACCCAGAGGAGGCGGAUGGGGGCCCGGAGGAGGUGUCGCUGUACAGCAACAAACGCAAGCUGAGACAGGGCCGCCACAGCCUGGAAGCCGCCGUCCCCACAUAGCCCCGGAACACAGGAACACACACACGCACACACACACACACACAACGGCUGAGGACCACCAGAUGUGUGGAAACCACGGCGACAACGACGAUCCAAACUAGUCACUUCCUGCUGCGUCCACGAAGGCGGGGCAGGUCAGGAAAUGAGUCACCACACAAGAUGGGCGUCCCAGCACACUGGUCCUCGUCGCCAUGCCAACAGAGCCGGCGGUGUGCGUUCAUUGCGACGCCUGUGAAGCGGAGCGUUGCUAUGGGACGCGUUGCUAGGGGACGAGUCGCCGGGACGAUGUUUAGUUUCUGCUGAUCUUUUUGUUUUGCUGUUUUUUAAAAAAAGAGAGAGAAAAGUAGACUGGAAGAAAAUAAUCGUAGCUGUAAUACUAACUUUGGGAAUGUUAUUAUUCGGAGUGACUAGAUUGUAAAUGUUAUAGGGGUAGCGUGCGCGUCCUGCUGCCUUCACGUGCACGCGUCGCUUCCACACACACACACACACACACACACACACACACACACACACACACACACACACACACACACACACACACACACACAAAGAUACACACACACACACAAAGAUACACACACACACACACACACACAAAGAUACACACACACACACAAAGAUACACACACAAAGAUACACUACAAGAUUCUAACAUCCAAAGUUUAUUUUGGUCUGGAACAUUUUAGUCUUUGAAUCUAAGCCUUUUCCUACUGCUGUAAGCCCCUUCAGAGCACAAAGUCACGUCGAUUAUUUUCCCUUUUAACCUAUUUUAACACUAUCAAGCUAUGAAGGAAGUAACAGCAAAUAUCACCCUUCUAUUUUGUAUACGCAUUUUAAAAACACAUUUUAUGACGGCCUGCGAGGCAACUAACGAAGAAGGCCCCGGCCUACCCGAGGAGUGGAGCAGAGAGCGUCAAGAGUCCUGCGCUAGCCACCCUGACGAGACGCCAGCAUUACUGUUCAUCCACCGCCGUUUACAUCCACAGGCUACAACCCUAGCAGACAAUACAAUGUAAAAGAAAGCUACCGCUAGCUCAGUCACAGCGCCAUCGCCAGGGGUCUUAUGGUACUUUCCUCCCGUCCUUUUAAGGGCGUCGCUGUAAACUAUAAAUCAUUCUCUUCAUAUCAGGAGGCUCUUGAGGGUGGCAGGGUUAUAAUGUCUAUUGUUUUGAAUCCGUCUUUGGUUAAUUUAAAUCUGAUACCACUGAGAAAUCCUUUAAUAUCGUGUGAAUAUUGUAUGGAAAGCUAACUCGGGGGGGGGGGGGGGGGGGG